AUGGAGGAGUCUGUCUCUAAGAGGAGACCACCCUCUCCUGUACCCACCUGUGUGUCUACGAAGAGUGAUGUGUCCAUGGAUGAUGUGUCCAUGGAUGAUGUGUCCAUGGCUCAUUUUAAAGGUGGAGACUCUUCACCUCAACAGAUGGAGGAGUCUGUGUCUAAUAGGAGACCACCCUCUCCUGCACCCACCUGUGAGUCUAUGAAGAGUGAUGACUCCAUGGAACACCCCAUUAAUUUCAAAGGAGGAGACUCUUCACCUCAACAGAUGGAGGAGUCUGUGUCUAAGAGGAGACCACCCUCUCCUGCACCCACCUGUGUGUCUAUGAAGAGUGACCAGUCCAUGGAUAACAUUAUUAACUUUAAAGGAAGCGACUCGUCACCUCAACAGUCUAACCAGCAUAAGAGGUCCCACUCUGCUACAGUGAGCCAUUGUGAACCCUUGACGAAACAGCAGCCCAGUCAACCAGAAGUCUGGCUUUCAGGACAAAGCCAGCUUUAUGAUCAGAGACAGCAACUUGAUCAAGUGCAGGAAAUGCAGCAGAUCCACAAGUCUCAUCUGCAGAAGAGGUUCCAGUGUCUGAUUGAGGGCAGCAUAGAGCAUGGUAACAGCACAGAAUUGAACAAGGUCUACAUAGAUCUCCACAUAAUAAAGGGAGGAUGGUGGGGAGGGGUCAAUAAUGAACAUGAGGUCAGACAGAUAGAGAGGGCAUCCCGGAGAGAAGAGAUUUUAGCAGAAGUGAACAAGAUCAACAGAGCUAUAUACAUUGCAGAGGGAGGAUGGUGGGAACGUGAGGCCAGAGAAAAAGUGGUGGCAUCCUGGAAAGAAGAAGAUCCAGGCAGACCAAUCAAAUGCAUAGACCUCUUUAAAACUGGAUCUGGACAAGCCAACCCCGUCAGAUCUGUACUGACUAAGGGGGUGGCCGGCAUUGGAAAAACAGUCUUUGUGCAGAAGUUCAUUCUGGACUGGGCUGAAGGGAAAGCCAAUCAGGAUGUGCACUUCAUAUUUCCUUUUCUUUUCCGGGAGCUGAACCUGAUGAAGGAGAAGAAAUUCAGUCUGGUGGGUCUUAUCCAGCACUUCUACCCUAAGAUAAAAGCAGAAGAAAUACUCAGCUCAGAGCACAGAGUAAUGUUCAUCUUUGAUGGUCUGGAUGAGUGUCGACUUCCUAUGCAGUUCAGACACAGCUCAAAGUGUUGUGAUGUGACAGAACAGGUCUCAGUCGAUAUGUUGCUGACAAACCUCAUCCAGCGGAAUCUGCUUCCCUCUGCUCUCCUCUGGAUCACCACCAGACCAGCAGCAGCUGGUCAGAUCCCCCAUAUGUGUGUGGACCAGGUGACAGAAAUAUGUGGAUUCAAUGAUCCACAGAAAGAGGAGUACUUUGGGAAGAGAAUCAGUGAUGAGAAUCUGGCCAACAGAGUCAUCAGACACCUGAAGUCAUCCAGGAGCCUCUACAUCAUGUGCCACAUUCCAAUCUUCUGCUGGAUUGCAGCCAUUGUUGCAGAGACAACACCAGAAGAAUCAGACAAAGCUGAAAUGCCAAGGACUAUGACUCAAAUGUACAGCCACUUUCUCAUCAUUCUGAUCAGCAUUAAAAGGGGCAAGUAUACAGAGAGAAAAGAGACAGAAGAAGAGAUCAUUUUCAAACUGGGGAAACUGGCAUUUCAGCAGCUGGAGAAAGGCAAUCUAAUAUUCUAUGAGGAAGACCUGAGAGAGGCUAGCAUUGAUGUCACAGAAGCAUCAGUGUACUCAGGAGUGUGUACUCAGAUCUUCAGAGAGGAGAAGAAUGUUUACCAGGCAAAGGUGUUCAGCUUUGUUCACCUGAGCAUCCAGGAGUUCCUAGCAGCGUUUUAUGUAUUUCUGUGCUUCAGCAAUGGAGAGAAAAACAUGUCUGACCAACAGCAAACCUCUCAGCUCUCUGCUCUGUUCAGAGCUGCAACACUUCAUGACCUGCACAAGACUGCAGUGCAUCUGGCCUCACAAAGUCGGAAUGGACACCUGGACCUUUUCCUCCGCUUUCUGCUAGGCCUCUCACUGGAGUCCAAUCAGAACCUCCUAAAACACCUACUUCCAAAGACCAGCAGCCAAAUACAGAGCUCAGUACAGACAGUCCAGUGUAUCAAAGACAAGAUCAGAGGUGAGACAAGGUCUAGUUCAGACAGAGAGAUUAACUUCUUCUACUGCCUGAAUGAGUUGAGUCAGCAUGCUGUAGUGGAGCGUAUUGACAGACAGGGAGGAAAGCUGUAUGUAGAGAUGCUCUUACCAGGAAAGUGGGAGACAGUGAAAUUUACACUCACAAUGUCAGAAGAGCAACUGGAUGGGUUUGACCUGCAGAAAUACAUAGAUACACCAGAGAAAGAUCAGACUGAUUUCCUCAGCCCUGAUGAUGUUCUUCAGAAACUGGUGCCAGUGGUCACAACAUCCAUAAGUGCAUGGCUGCAGUGCUGUAAACUGACAGAGAAGAGUUGUUCCCAUCUGGUCUCUGUCCUCUCCUCACACUCCUCACGUCUCACCUAUCUGGACCUGAGUUCCAAUGAUCUGCAUGACUCUGGAGUGGAAAUUCUAUGUUCUGGACUUCAACAUCAACACUGCAGAUUGGAAACACUGAUGCUGCAGAGCUGUAUGCUGACAGUGAAGAGUUGUUCUCUUCUGGCCUCUGUCCUGUCCUCACACUCCUCAUGUAUCAAAGAGUUGUACCUGUUAGGUAAUGGCCUGAGUGCCUCAGAUGUUGAGCAGCUCUCUGCUCUGAAAGAAGACCCCCACUGUAGACUGGAGACACUAGAGUGGUGAGCAGCAGUGAGGACGAGAGCCCUGAUAUGACACACACACACACACACACACACACACACACACACACACACACACACACACAC